CUAGCAUAUUAGCAUUAAGCUACCUGCUCUGGAAAGUAAUUGACUUCUGUAAUUUAUUCCGAGCUUGACCGCUGUUUUCAACACAGGCGUUUCCUCGACAAAAGGAGAAAAACUUUCGAGGCUUUUUGGCAGACAGUGUCUGAUAACACGUGAAGUGGGAGCUGCUGUAUUGUUUCCUGGGAAUGAACUUCUGUAGAAUUUCCACUUCAUUUAGGCCCCAGGCAACAGAACGGCCGACGGUGUACAGCCUACGGGUGUCGGGUCUGGUCCAGGGUUGUUGAACGGUUAAUGCACAGAGUAAAGAGGCUGAAAAUUGAAGACAGAACAGAAGACGGCCAGGAAAGCGUCAGAGAGGCACUGGCAGGCAUGACGGGGGUGGACGAGCUGUCUGACAGCACAGAGGUGGUGGAGAUGGAGGACGUGAAUCCUACCCAGUUUCAGGUGGAGAAGCAUACAUGGGAUGGCCUGAGGAAGAUCAUCCGCAACAGCCGCAAGAACACAGGCGUGGUUAUCAACAAGGCACCACAUGACUUCCAUUUUAUCCAGAAGGAUGAGACCAGUCCGCACUCCCAUCGCAUCUACUACCUCGGAAUGCCUUACGCCAGCAGGGAAAAUGCAUUACUCUACUCAGACAUUCCCAAGAAGGUCCGCAAAGAUGCUCUCUUGGUUUUGUCAUGGAAACAGCUGCUGGAUCACUUUCAGGCCAGCCCUCACCACGGGGGCUUCUCCCGGGAGGAGGAGCUGCUGCGUGAGAGGAAACGUUUGGGGGUUUCUGGCAUCACCUCCUAUGAUUACCACCGUCCCAGCGGCCUCUUCCUGUUCCAGGCCAACAGCAGCCUGUACUACUGCCGUGAUGGUGGAAACAAGAGCUUCAUUACUUCUCCUAUGGAACCCGUUGAGAUUAAGAGCCAGAGUCCAGGUACACGCAUGGACCCCAAGAUCUGCCCCGGGGACCCCAACUUCAUCGGCUUCAUCAACAACAGCGACAUUUGGGUGACCAGCAUUGAGACGGGUGAAGAGAGGAGGCUCACCUUCUGCCAUAAAGGUAUUGGUAACCCAAAGGAGGACACCAAAUCUGCUGGUGUAGCCACUUUUGUCACACAGGAGGAGUUUGACCGCUUCACUGGAUACUGGUGGUCACCAGCUGCUCGUGAAGAAUCAGAUGGUGGUAAGACUCUGCAGAUUCUGUACGAGGAGGUGGACGAGUCUGUAGUCGAAAUCAUUCAUGUUCCAUCUCCGGCUUUGGAGGAGCGCAAGACCGAUGUGUACAGAUACCCACGUGCAGGCAGCAAGAAUCCGGAUAUUACUCUCAAAAUAGCAGAAAUCAGGACAGACAGUCUCGGCAAAAUUGUCAGCACACAGGAAAAGGAGCUGCCUGUUCCCUUCACCAGCCUCUUCCCUGGUGCUGAAUAUAUCACCAGAGCUGGAUGGACAAAAGACGGCCGAUACGCGUGGGCGGUCAUGAUGGACCGACGGCAGCAGUGCCUCCAGUUGGUCCUGUUGCCUCCAGCACUCUUCAUCCCAGCACAUCAGGAGGAGGCCAGCAAGCAAGAGAGCCUGGAGGCCCUCGGAGACACCGUCCAGCCCUUCAUCAUCUACCAGGAGACCAGCGACAUCUGGAUCAAUGUCCACGACAUCUUCCAUCCAUUCAUCCAAACCAGGGAUGAUGAGAUCACCUUCAUUACAGUGAAUGAAUCAAAAACAGGUUUCUGCCACCUGUAUAAAAUCACCUCGAUGUUACAGCGGGGCAGCUUCUGCUGGGCCAAAGGCUACACACACUCUGAAGAUGAUUUUAAGUGUCCAGUCAAAGAGGAGGUGACAGUAACCAGUGGGGAGUGGGAGGUGCUGGCCAAUCACGGAGCAAAGCGUUCGUCCAGUCCUCAGAUUUGGGUGGACGAGGCGGCAAAGCUGGUUUACUUCCAGGGAACCAAAGACUCUCCUCUGGAACAUCACCUCUAUGUUGUGAACUACGACUUGCCGGGAGAAAUCGUCCGACUCACCAAACCCGGCUUCUCCCACAGCUGCUCUGUGAGCCAGACAUUUGACAUGUUUGUCAGCCAUUACAGCAGCUUGACCACGACACCCUGUGUACACAUCUACAAGCUGAGUGGCUCGGACAGCGACCCGCUGCACAAAGAGCCUCAGUUCUGGGCGAGCAUGAUGGAGUCUUCUGGUUUUCCAUUCGACUGCACUGCUCCAGAGAUCUUCAGCUUCACGGGGAAGUCGGGCUUCAAACUGUACGGCAUGUUGUACAAACCACACAACCUGGUCCCCGGCAGGAAGCAUCCCACCGUCGUCUUUGUUUACGGCGGCCCGCAGGUCCAGUUAGUGAAUAACUCCUAUAAAGGAGUGAAGUACCUACGGCUGAGCACACUGGCGUCUCUGGGCUACGCUGUGCUGGUCAUCGAUGGGCGGGGCUCCUGUCAGCGGGGACUCAAGUUUGAAGGAGCUGUGAAGGACAGAAUGGGUCAGGUGGAGAUUGAAGACCAGGUGGAGGGUUUGCACUAUGUAGCUGACAAGUACAAGUUUGUGGACCUGAGUCGUGUUGCCAUCCAUGGCUGGUCGUAUGGAGGCUUCCUGUCCCUCAUGGGCCUCAUCCACAAACCUGACGUCUUCAAGGUUGCUGUUGCAGGUGCUCCAGUGACAUUGUGGAUGGCUUAUGACACUGGCUACACAGAGCGAUAUCUGGACACGCCUGAAAAAAACCAGAAGGGAUACGAGGCUUGUUCUGUCGCCCUGCAUGUCGACAAACUUCCAAAUGAGCCCAACAGGCUGCUGAUACUGCAUGGGUUUCUAGAUGAGAAUGUGCACUUUUUCCACACAAACUUCCUGGUGUCUCAACUCAUCCGGGCAGGGAAACCGUACAACCUGCAGGUUUAUCCCAACGAGCGACACAGCAUUCGAUGUCCAGAGUCUGGGGAACAUUAUGAGAUCACGCUGCUGCACUUCCUCCAGCAGAACCUCUGAUAAGCCUUUCUACACACUGACCUUCACUUCUUCACUCUCUACCCUCCUCUCCUUGUCUCCUCCUCCCCUUUCCUCCUUUUAUUUAAACCUGCGUCACAUUCCCUUUCACUUGAUUUUAUGAGCUAUGCCAAACCUCAUCACACCUCAAGAGUUGUUUGUCAGUCUCAACGGUGCAGAAGCACUUUAGCAUCAAUAAAUCACAACGAGAUUGUUAUUCAGACUGGAGUAUGAUCACCAUAAAUGAGACCAUCACUGAGCGACGUCAUGCAGUCUCUGCGCUGUAUUGUACAGUGGAGGGACACCUGCAGAGGGUGCUGUUCGUCCAGAUCGAACUGAGCUGAAGCUUUCUGAGAUAGUGGUGAAAGGAUCCCAAGGUGACAGCAAUGACAUUGAUGUUUAAAAUGCUGCUCAUUGCACUAUUAACACAACACGUCAACAAUGCAAAAAGUACAGAACAGGACCUGCUGCUUCUUUUUUUUGUGCCAUUUCCUGUUUUUUAUUGAACUCUCACUUUGUUUUUCUGGGACCCAACUGAUAAAGUUAUCAUUUUGUGUGUCUGUGAAUAAACACUGGAGUGAGGUUAGUGAACAUGAAGCUCUAUAAGAGCAGACAAGCAAGCUCUAAACCCCCUUUGUUGUAUACUGUGUCAUCUUUUUUUCCACUUGUAGAUAGAAGUGUGGCACACCACAAAAAAAGUCAUCUGGGAGAGCAUAGACUCAAAGCAAAAAACAAAACAAAACUACAUUAUACAUUUUUAUUGUGUAUUAAAAAAUAUUUUUAUGGAUUCUUAUGCAUUCAUAAAUGGUGGAAAUAUGUAGCGCCCUGUUGCAGUGUCUCUCGCUUGCUUUCAUUUUCGGGGGAGCUUCUUUUUCUUCUGCUGCUGAGGACUUUUGCACAUAUUACAUAUUUGCCUUGGUGCCAGCAGUCUGACCUAUAAGAUGAUGUGUGACACAGCUGUUGGCAGUCUGAGGUGCCUUGCAAGAGUUUAAGAGUGCCUGCUCGUAUAGUGUAUAUCAGGGAAUCUGUCUGAGGACCUCCGACAGUAAAAUGCCUUGUUACGUGUCUGAUGACCAUGUGUAAGAUGAGCUUUUGUGAAGUGUACAUGGUUGUACUCUCAGAUAUAGAAGAAAUAAACAGAAGUGAACAAUCUUCAAGGUCUCAUCACCAUAUGAAACGUGUUAUUUUUAAAAAGCAUUGCAGAUG